AUGGCGGUCCUCUCAGAAAAGGCAGUAAAUGAUGGCCUCACCAUCAGAAGAGCCAAAUCCGACGACAUCCCACUUCUACAAGCCAUCGUCAACGCCAGCUACUCGAAAUACAUUGACCGCAUCGGAAAGCCUCCUGCUCCCAUGCUCGCCGACUACGCACAACUGCUCACCACACGCGACAUCUUCGUACUAGAGACUACAUCUACACCAGAAGGUGGCGAGGAUGUUGAGGGACUGGUGGGAUCGAUUGUCCUGGGCGUAGAUGCUGAAGGAGAUGCUGUCACCGUGAACAAUCUGGUUGUUGAGCCGGCAGCGCAGGGACGAGGCUAUGGUCGUGUGUUGAUGGAUUUUGCAGAGGAGUUUGCGAGGGGAAAGGGCUUGUCGUGUGUGUCUUUGUAUACGAAUGUCAAGAUGCAUGAGAAUGUUGGACUGUAUCUCAAGCUGGGGUAUGUUGAGACGGAGAGGAGGACUGAGGAUGGCUAUGAACGAGUGUAUUUUCGCAAGACGUUACAAAGACUACUCUAG